CUACGGUUUCGAUGUUUUUAUGUUCCGUUUUCCGUAGAGAAGACAGUCUGCAAGCAACAGUGGUUAAGCUACAAGUAUUGAACCUGUGACUGAAGUCAACAUUAUAUAACAUAUUUGGUUUACUUACGUCUUGUGGAGGCAUUUAAGUUAAUAUCCGGACCACAUGGACAAGACUGAGUGUCAAAUAGUUGUAGCUUGGUUUGGGUAGACAGUAGUCGUGUGUAAACGUCAAGAAGAUUCAUAGCUAACGUUACCCUGCUAACCAGAGUGGACGAAGGGAAGAUAAGCUAAGGCAUUUUCGAGUCAACCUGCCUGGUUAACGUUAGCUACUUGUACGUGUUAUCUGUCUACGGCAGUUAGCUAGCUAAGUUACUCGCCAGAAUCAUCGAAAUACUAACUACAAUCCGCAACAUUACCAGUGUUUGAGGAUGAACCACCUGUCCCUGAGUGAGCUUUGCUGCCUGUUCUGCUGCCCUCCAUGCCCCAGCAAGAUCACCUCCAAGCUGGCCUUCCUGCCCCCGGAGCCCACCUACACCCUCAUGUGUGAUGAGAGCGGUAGCCGCUGGACCCUGCACCUGUCUGAGCGCGCAGACUGGCAAUACUCAGCGCGUGAGAAGGACGCCAUCGAGUGCUUCAUGACGCGCACUUCACGCGGCAACCGCAUAGCGUGCAUGUUUGUCCGCUGCUCACCCAACGCCCGCUUCACACUCCUCUUCUCACAUGGCAACGCGGUGGACCUGGGCCAGAUGAGCAGCUUCUACAUCGGCCUGGGCUCACGCAUCAACUGCAACGUCUUCUCCUACGACUACUCAGGCUACGGGGCCAGCUCGGGGAAACCCUCUGAGAAGAACCUGUACGCUGAUGUGGACGCCGCCUGGCAUGCACUCAGGACACGGUAUGGUAUUAGGCCAGAGACUGUGAUCGUGUAUGGUCAGAGUAUCGGUACGGUCCCUUCCGUGGACCUGGCGGCACGCUACGAGAGUGCCGCGGUCGUCCUGCACUCCCCUCUCACCUCUGGCAUGAGAGUGGCCUUCCCAGACACCAAGAAAACCUACUGCUUUGACGCCUUCCCCAAUAUUGACAAGAUCUCCAAGGUGACUUCUCCAGUGCUGGUGAUUCACGGGACAGAGGACGAGGUGAUCGACUUUUCCCACGGCCUGGCGCUGUACGAGCGCUGCCAGAGGCCCGUGGAGCCCCUGUGGGUGGAGGGCGCUGGCCACAACGAUGUGGAGCUCUACGGACAGUACCUGGAGCGCUUGAAACAGUUUGUGGCCCACGAGCUCGUCAACUUGUCUACUUGACUUCACCCCUCAAUCACACACCUGCUGCAACUGUGAACUUCUGAAAUACCCACCCUUUUGUUUUUUCUUUUAUAAUUUGGAAUUGCACUGUGUGUGUGUGUAUGUGUUGGGGGACGAUGGACAGAUAUGUGCUCAAGAGGAUUGUGUGUUUUGUGCAUAGAAGAGCAGUGGAUUUUGUGUGUGUGUGUGUGUCACACAUUUUCUGCCUUUCAGAAGAAUGCGGUCCUGGUCCAUUGUAAGGAUUUUUGAGUAUAUCUGAGAGGUUUGUGUGGAGCAGCCAUGCUGGAUGGAAGACUGGACCGCAACUCAACCCAGUCCAUCUUGACUAAGGAGCCAAGUCUGAUUCAAUGUAGUCAACGUGGAUAUUUUGUUAUUGUGUAUUUGUUUCUAUUUUAAAUAUAUAAAGUUUGCAUGUAUCACGUGACAGAACUGUACGAGACAAGUCUGACAUUUAAGAUGGCAGUGCCAGUGUUGCCAAAAGUUCCGAAUAUUGAAGAAAAUGGCAUGCAACUAUAUUGUACGUACAACAUCCUAUAAAUAUCUCCAAAGUUGUAUAAGCUGUACAAAGUUUUUUGUUAUUACUAUGUUGUUUUUCAUGUAUUCUUUCAGUAAACUACUACGACUCCAUCGUAGUAUGAAGAACAAUGUUUUUUUUCAGACCAGUGACAUGCUGGAUAGUUCCAAUUAAAGAUGUAUAAUGUACAUGUAACGUUAAUAAUAAAGCUUAUUUACCAAUUCA